ACAGACAGGUAGUACGUUGGUGUCUUGUCGAGGUUAAAGCUUCUGUUUAUCUUUAUAAGAUCAAGCAGGUAAAACAUUCGGAUACGUUUCUGAGGAGCAUGUGGAAAACAGACAGGUGGAAUCGUACUCAGAGAACUCUGAUUGAAUGAAGUACAAGCAAGCACCUGUAGAUCCAGAGUUGAACGGCAGCAUUCAUCUCCUCGGAUCUUAAAAGGCGACAUUACCGCACCACGACUGAAGAGCUCACUGAACUUCAUCUUUUUUAUUCUUGGUUCGCUGUGUACAUAGACUGUUCUACUAAUAACUCUGACAUAACAAAGAGGAACUUGUGGCCGUGGUUUUGCCUGGGUGGAGGAGCCGCUCGGCGGUCGUCUGUCCGGUUACAGACGAGCCUGAUUCUUGAGAGGUGAUGGUGGGUGGCGGAGCGGUCACUGUGCGCCCGCACAGGCGCCUGGACUGAAAGUGUCACAGUGCAAACAUGGAAUUUCUCAAGAGCCUCGUUCCCACGGCCAUCUCGGGGGACGGCGGCAUGCCGGCGACGGAUGCGGGGGGAGUGUGGUUGCGGGAUACGGGCCCUCGCUUGCUGAGGAUAAAACGUUUGGGGAUGCAGCCUGUCCCACAGGUCAACGAAGAGGAGCAAGAUGCAACCACCCCGACCGGGCGUCCGGUCGUACGGCUUCAACGACAUCGUGGCAAAGCCUCUGUCCCUGUAAGCAACAGCAGUGUGAGUAGGCGAGGAACCUCCCCUUCGGCCCCCCCAAGCUGGGAGAAGCGUAGCAUCCACCCCGCCACCAUGUCCAGCAUCACCAUCGACCCUGAGCUCAAGCCCGGGGAAUUCGUCAUCAAGAGCCUUUUCGCAGAGUUCGCUGUGCUAGCCGAAAAGAAGAUCGAGGUGGUCAUGGCCGAACCGCUGGAGAAGCCCCUGUCCCGCUCACUGCAAAGAGGAGAAGAUGCACAAUUUGAUCAGUUAAUAAGCUCUAUGAGCUCCAUAGCAGAACACUGUUUGCCUUCGCUGUUGCGGACGUUGUUUGACUGGUACAGAAGACAGAGCGGAACAGAAGACGAGUCGUACGAGUACAGGCCUCGCUCCAGCACCAAGUCUAAAGGAGAUGAACAACAUCGGGACAAAGACUUUCUCCUGGAGCGAAGGGACUUAGCCAUAGACUUCAUUUUUUGUUUAGUGUCAGUGGAAGUUUUGAAACAGAUUCCACUUCAUCCAGUGCCAGACACCUUAGUACAAGAAGUCCUUAACCUGGCAUUCAAGCACUUUAAACACAAAGAGGGGUACUCGGGCCCCAACACUGGUAAUGUGCAUAUCAUUGCUGAUCUGUACGCUGAGGUCAUCGGAAUCCUCGCCCAAUCAAAGUUCCAGGCGGUGCGCAAGAAGUUCAUCACUGAGCUAAAGGAACUGAGGCUGAAGGAGCAAAGUCCUCAUGUGGUGCAGAGCAUCAUCACCCUCAUCAUGGGCAUGAAGUUCUUCAGGGUGAAGAUGUACCCCGUCGAGGACUUUGAAGCUUCUUUCCAGUUCAUGCAGGAAUGUGCUCAGUAUUUCCUGGAGGUGAAGGAUAAAGAUAUCAAACAUGCACUGGCUGGCCUGUUUGUGGAGAUACUCAUCCCUGUAGCUGCGGCAGUGAAGAAUGAAGUGAAUGUGCCGUGCCUGAAGAACUUUGUUGAGAUGCUCUACCAGACGACCUUUGACCUCAGCUCAAGAAAGAAGCACUCACUGGCGUUGUACCCCUUGGUGACGUGUCUGCUGUGUGUUAGUCAGAAGCAGUUCUUCCUCAAUAACUGGCACAUCUUCCUUCAGAACUGCCUUUCACACCUAAAGAUGCCGUCAAACAACAGCAUCCGUAAGCAGAUUGAGACCUUACAGAACAAAGACCCCAAAAUGUCUCGUGUAGCACUGGAGUCUCUGUACAGGCUGCUUUGGGUUUACAUCAUCAGGAUCAAAUGCGAGAGCAACACAGCCACACACAGUCGUCUCCUCAGUAUUGUAACCGCACUUUUCCCGAAGGGCUCUCGCAGCGUGGUGCCCAGGGACACACCCCUCAACAUCUUUGUUAAGAUCAUUCAGUUUAUUGCUCAGGAACGGCUUGACUUUGCCAUGAAAGAGAUCAUCUAUGACCUACUGUGUGUGGGCAAGUCCCAUAAGACAUUCACCAUCAAUCCAGAGAGGAUGAAUAUUGGUCUGCGGGCCUUCCUGGUGAUAGCCGACAGCCUGCAGCAGAAAGACGGCGAGCCGCCCAUGCCCACCACAGGAGUCAUCUUACCCUCCGGCAACACGCUGAGGGUCAAAAAGAUCUUCCUCAACACCACACUCACAGACGAGGAAGCCAAAGGCAUAGGCAUGUCACUGUAUUACCCUCAGGUCAGGAAAGCUCUGGAUAACAUCCUCAGACACCUGGAUAAAGAAGUGGGGCGGUCUAUGAGCAUGACCAGUGUUCAGAUGUCCAACAAAGAACCAGAGGACAUGAUCACUGGGGAGCGAAAACCGAAGAUCGACCUGUUUCGGACGUGUGUAGCUGCCAUUCCCAGACUGAUUCCAGACGGCAUGAGCAGACAGGAUCUCAUCGAGCUACUGGCCAAACUGACCAUCCAUAUGGACGAAGAGCUACGUGGUCUGGCGUUCACCACUCUGCAGGCUCUGAUGGUGGACUUCCCAGACUGGAGAGAGGACGUGCUGUCUGGCUUUGUGUAUUUCAUUGUGAGGGAGGUGACUGAUGUUCAUCCCACUCUACUGGACAAUGCUGUCAAGAUGCUUCUGCAGCUCAUCAUACAAUGGAGGCAGGCUGUGCAGAGCAACCGCAGUCAUGAUUCACAGGGUCCGUGUUUGCCGCUAGAGAGAUCUCCUCUCUGGACAGUUUUACAUGUGGUGGAGGGUCUGGCUCUGGUCGUUCUGUGUAGCUGUCGACCUGCAACACGGAGGCUUGCUGUCAAUGUCCUCAAAGAGGUUCGAUCGCUGCACGCAGCCCUUGGCAUCACAAAGGGAGAUGAGGAGUUGGCGAUAGAUGUGAUGGACAGAUUGAGCGCUUCAGUUCUCGAAAGCUUUAUCCACCUUACUGGGGCCGAUCAGUCAAAUCUGCUAUACUGCCCCAGUGGAAUAGACCUUCAGACUCUGGCCGAGUGGAGCUCCUCCCCUAUCAGCCACCAGUUUGAUGUGGUAAGCCCCUCCCACAUUUGGGUCUUUGCACAUGUGACGCAAGGUCAGGACCCCUGGGUGAUCAGCCUGUCCAGUUACCUGCGGCAGGAGCACCUGCCCAAACACUGUCCCUCUGCACUGAGCUACGCUUGGGUCUUUGCCUCCACACGCCUCCAGCUGCUCUCACCACAAGUCGACAUCAACAGCCCCAUCAAUGCUAAGAAGGUGAACAACAUGAGCAGUAGCAGUGACUCUUAUGUAGGGCUUUGGAGGAACUAUCUGAUCCUUUGCUGCAGUUCUGCCACUUCUUCAUCUUCCUCAUCAUCGUCCUCAUCGGCCCCCGGGUCUGUUCGCUGCUCUCUGCCUGAGACCCUAGCGUCCACGCCAGACAGCGGAUAUAGUUACGAUUCAAAGAUCAUUAGCGUUCCGUCCCCUUCCUCCUUGUUCAAGCAUGUGGUUCCUAUGAUGCGUUCUGAGAGCAUGGACAUCACGGAGUCUCUUGUACUGGGGCUUGGCAGGACCAACCCCAUUGCCUUCAGAGAGCUGUUGGAUGAGUUAAACCCCAUCAUUAAAGAGGCGCUUGAAAGAAGGCCAGAGAACAUGAAGCGACGACGUCGUCGUGAUGUUCUCAGAGUCCAGCUGGUCCGGAUUUUUGAGCUACUGGCCGAUUCUGGGGUCAUCAGUCAGACUGCGAGCAGUGGUCUGGAUGGGGAGUCUCACUCUUUGAACAGCACGCUGCUGGAAUACGUGGAUCUGACCCGGCAGCUUCUGGAAGCGGAGAACGACAAAGACUCGGACACGUUAAGAGACAUCCGCUGUCACUUCAGCGCCCUGGUGGCCAACAUCAUUCAGAAUGUACCAGUGCAUCAGAGAAGGAGCAUCUUCCCACAGCAGUCUCUGAGACACAGUCUCUUCAUGCUCUUCAGUCAUUGGGCGGGACCCUUCAGCAUCAUGUUCACGCCGCUGGACCGAUACAGCGACCGUAACAUGCAGAUCAACAGACACCAGUACUGUGCGCUGAAGGCCAUGUCUGCAGUGCUGUGUUGUGGUCCGGUGGCUGAUAAUGUUGGUCUGUCUUCUGAUGGAUACCUUUACAAGUGGCUGGACAACAUUCUAGACUCCCAAGACCGCAAGGUGCAUCAGUUGGGCUGUGAGGCAGUCAUGCUGUUGUUAGAACUGAACCCGGAUCAGAGCAAUCUGAUGUUCUGGGCAGUGGAUCGCUGCUACACGGGGUCCCGCAGGGUCGCCGCGGGCUGCUUCAGGGCCAUCGCUAAUGUAUUUCACAACAGGGAUUACCAGUUUGACACUGUGGUUCUGCUGAAUCUCAUCCUCUUUAAGGCCGCAGACUCUUCCAGAGAUAUCUACGAGGUCGCCAUGCAGCUGCUACAGAUACUGGAGCCAAAACUGUUCCGUUAUGCCCAUAAACUGGAGAUCCAGCGUGCUGAUGGCGUGUUAUCUCCAGCCUCCCCCCUUCCUCACCUGUACUCUGUGUCCUACUACCAACUCAGCGAAGAACUUGCUAGAACGUACCCCGAGCUCACGCUGCCCAUCUUCUCAGAGGUGAGUCAGAGAAUCCAGACAGCGCACCCUGGUGGUCGGCAGGUGAUGCUGCAUUACCUCCUACCCUGGAUGAACAACGUGGAGCUGGUGGACUUCAAGCCUUCAACUCGCCGUCAAGAGGAGCCGUCGUCAACAGAGGACGAGGAGGAUGCCCAUGAGAGAGAGAUGAUGAUGGUGAACAGCCGUCGCUGGCUGAGAGGAGAGGGCUGGGGGUCACCGCAUGCUACCACCAUGAUCCUGAAUAACCUCAUGUUCAUGACUGCAAAGUAUGGAGAUGAGUUUGCAUGGUCAGAGAUAGAGAACGUCUGGACUACUUUAGCUGACAGCUGGCCCAAAAAUCUAAAGAUCAUCCUGCACUUCCUCAUCAGCAUGUCCGGAGUCAACAGCGAACCGAGUCUCCUGCCUUACGUGAAGCGUGUGGUGGUGUAUCUAGGCAGGGAUAAGACCAUGCAGCUGCUUGAAGAGUUAAUGAAUGAGCUGGAGCUGACAGAGCCCGUGUGCUCAGCUGUCACUCACAUGGAUAACCCGCCCUACUACCGCAUCACUUCCUCUUACAAAAUCCCCUCUGUUACAUCAGGAACAACGUCCAGUAGCAACACCAUGGUACCCGGACCUGAUGGACACCACGACAGCAAACUUAAAGAUUCCAACAUGGAGGACAAUUACACUCAUCUGGACAUCUACAGCGGUCUUAACAGUAAUCUGAACAGACAACAUCAUCGGCUGGAGUCCCGUUACAGCAGCAGCUCAGGAGGAUCGUAUGAGGAAGAGAAAAGUGACACUAUGCCUGUUUACGCGAACUGGCGUCUGAAGGUGAUGGAUCAUAACCGGCCCGAGCCCCUCCCAUUUCCCCCUACUGGCGGCUGCUGGUCACCUCUGAUCGAUUACCUGCCCGAGACCACCACACCUGGAGUCUCCCUGCACAGGUGUAACAUUGCUGUGAUCUUACUCACCGACCUCAUUGUAGACCACGGCGUCAAAGUGGAAUGGAGCUCGUACCUUCACCUGCUUCUGCACUCCAUCUUCAUAGGUUUCGACCACCAGCACCCAGAAGUCUAUGAGCACUGCAAGCGCUUAUUGCUACACCUGCUGGUCGUCCAGGGAACCAACAGCAGCGUCCAAUCACUGGCCUCCGUGCUGCUGCGGAACAGAGAGCUUAAUGAGCCCCGAGUCCUGACAGUCAAACCAGCGCUUCAGGAGUUCAACCUCACAGGCACCACAGAGCUAAUGCCUGAAUACCAGCCAUCUCCAAUGACAGAUUCUGGCCUGAGCUCCAGCUCCACGUCGUCCAGUAUCAGUCUGGGCUGCUCGGCCCUGCCUCACCUCACCCCCACCCUUCUUAAUGAGGUGGACCUGUCUGCAGAACAGGACGAGAAGGUCAAAAACCUCAUUGAGUUCAUCAGCUCGAGGAAACGAGGUCCACUGUGGAACCAUGAAGACGUCUCUCCUAAAAACCCCAAUAUCAAGAGCGCUGAUCAGCUUAGCGUUUUCCUACGCCAUGUUGUCAACGUCUUUAAGCAGACGCCGUCCGGUUAUCAGCUGGAGCAGGAGUUGAGUGAAGUCGCUCUGCAGACCGCUCUGUCCUGCUCUUCACGACACUACGCCGGUCGUUCUUUCCAGAUCUUCAGAGCGCUGAAACAGCCCCUCACAGCCUCCACGCUGUCAGAUGUGCUCUCUCGUCUGGUCGAGACUGUGGGAGAUCCAGGAGAAGAGGCUCAGGGUUUUGUUAUAGAGUUGCUGUUGACUCUAGAGGCUGGUAUAGACACACUGGCUGAAACCAUGAAAAACUACGACCUGCUUACUGCACUCUCACAGGCCUCCCAUGAUCCUCUGCAUGGCACAAAGUUUGCCAAUAACAGGAAGAGUACUGGUCAGCUGAAUCUCAGCAGUGGAAGUUUCUUGCACGCCAACUACAGCCACACUCGCAGCAACUCUCUCCGGGCCAGUCUGAUGGGCGAACGCCUCGGAGACCGGCGCCGUAGCAACACCCUCGACGUGGCCGACCGUUUGGGCGGCAGCCACGGCAACCUCGCCCGUACGCGGAGCUUAUCGUCGUUACGAGAGGAUGGCGGGCGUGGAGAUGGAGGAGGUGGUGGGGGUGGAGUCGGGUCUGGUGAGGUGGUGCCACCCACCGACCCCACCAACCUGCUGGCGACGGUGUUCUGGAUCGCCACGUCGCUUUUGGAGUCCGAUUAUGAGUUCGAGUACCUGCUGGCUCUCAAGCUGCUAAACCGACUCCUGGCCCAGAUGCCCCUGGAGAAGGCCGACAGCAGGGAGAAGCUGGAGAGGGUUCAGGCCAAGCUGAAGUGGUACAACUUCCCCGGGCUGCUCACGCUUUUCCUGAAGGGCUUUACUUCAGCUGCAACACAGGAGCUCACUAUUCAUCUCCUCAGUAAACUCAUAACGGUGUCUCGACACACGCUUAUAGACCCCUCACAGGUAGCAGGUUUUCCUCUGAAUAUCUUGUGCCUGCUGCCACACCUGGUCCAGCACUUUGACAACCCCACAGUGUUCUGUAAGGAGACCGCCGACCGCAUCGCCAAAGUGUGCGCCGAGGAAAAGUCGGCGACGCUGGCCAACCUGGCACACAUGAUGAGCCUGUACUCCACGCACAGCUACUCACGAGACAGCACCAACUGGAUCAACGUGGUGUGCCGCUACUUGCACGACUCGUUCUCUGAAAUCACGUUUAACCUGGUCACUUACCUCGCUGAGUUGCUGGAGAAGGGUCUCAACAGCAUGCAGCAGUCUUUACUGCAGAUCAUCUACAGUCUGCUGAGUCACAUCGACCUGUCUGCAGCACCGGUCAAACAGUUCAACCUGGAAAUCAUGAAGAUCAUAGGCAAAUAUGUGCAGAGCCCGUACUGGAAAGAGGCCCAGAACAUUCUGAAAUUGGUCGUGUCUCGAUCAGCCAGUCUGGUGGUUCCAGAUGAAGUGCAGCGCUCCUAUAGCACCGAGUCGACCGGUUCGCCGGAGAUCGCGUUCACUCGCAUUUUUAACAAUUCAUCUAAAGAGCUGCCAGGAAAAACGCUGGACUUCCACUUUGACAUCUCAGAGACACCUAUCAUAGGUCACAAGUAUGGAGACCAGCGAACUACACCAGGGCGUAAUGGGAAACCGCAGGUCAUUGCUGUGACAAGAAGCACCUCUUCGACUUCCUCAGGGUCCAACUCCAACGGCCUGGUGCCAGUCAGCUGGAAGAGACCUCAGCUCUCACAAAGGAGAACCCGUGAGAAACUGAUGAAUGUCUUGUCUCUGUGUGGCCCUGACACCGGCUUGCCCAAAAACCCCUCUGUGGUAUUCUCAUCAAAUGAGGAUUUGGAUGCAGGUGACCAGCAGACCAGCCUGAUCCCCACUGUAGAGGAAGUGACACGGGAGGAGGAGGCACAAGCGGAAGAUGCAGGAAGUGAACAGCAGUUUGGUGUCUUCAAGGAUUUUGACUUCUUGGAUGUGGAGUUGGAGGAUACGGAGGGGGAGAGCAUGGACAACUUCAACUGGGGUGUGCGACGCCGGUCUCUGGACAGCAUUGAUAAAGGUGACACCCCGUCGCUGCAAGAUUGUCAGUACUCCGGCAGCACGCCCAGCCUCAUCCAACCAGAGGACACAGAUGAAUCAUCAGAGGAGGAGGUACUGAGCGCUAGCCAGAUUCUCACCCGCUCCAAUCUCCUUAACAGCGAUUCUGCUACCGAUGACGCCAUAUCCAAUCACAUGGACUCCCUACAGCAGUCCCAAGAGUCUUCCUGUAGUGUCCUGACAGAAGAGGCCACACCCAGUCUGCCACUACCCCGCCCAGGCAGCCCCACCCCUGAGACCGCCCACUCUGACAGCAAUAGCAGCCAGCUGCCUGAGGAUGCCAGUGUAACUGCCGGCGAUGAAUUAAGCAGCAGUGUCAGCGAGGAUACGGGGUUUGGCAGUGCCCCUCCCCUACCCUCUGAGUUGUGUGACUUACCUGACUCUCAGGACCCCACCGACGACCUGGAUCCUGCCCCCCCUCCACCGCCGGCAGUGGACAGCCCGCCUGGAUCCCUCUUUAAGGAAGAGCCGGCACGGCCACCACCUGUCAUAGGCUCUGCACUGGGGUCAAUGUGCGAUGAUGAGACAGGCCUUGUGCUGCCCGUUCUGGACUCGGGCCCGGAUUAGGUAUGUGAGGAGGAUGUGACGCUGGCUAUGAAAGAGCUUGAUGAAAGAUGUGAGGAAGAGGAAGCUGAUUUUUCCAGCAUGUCCAGUCAAGAUGAGGCUGAUGCCGAUGGUUUUCCUGAACUCCAGGCCUCUCCACCUCCAUCGCCCUUUCUCUCGGCUAUUCUGGCUGCAUUCCAGCCCGUAGCUUGUGAUGAUGAGG